AUGGCAAAUCUCGCCCAAGAGGUAAGAAAUUUGAAAGAACAGGUAGAAGGGAGAACCAAGGCCCCCGGCCGAGCGCUACUGACCUCGUUACCCUUCUCCGCCGAGAUCAUGGCCUUCAAAAUACCGGGCGACUUCAAGUUCCCGGAACAAGCCACGUUCGACGGAUCAGGCGACCCGCGGGAACAUCUACUGAGUUACCAGGCCAAAAUGCAGGUCUUGGGGGUAUGGGACCCGGUCAUGUGCCGUGCCUUCCUACCCACGUUAAAAGGGGCCGCGCAAAGGUGGCUUGUAAGACAACCCCCGGGGUCGAUUCACAGCUUCGAAGAGCUGGCGGACCGCUUCAUGAGCCACUACGCCGCUAACAUCAAGCCACAGAAGGACCUGACUCACUUGGGCGACAUCCAUCAGGAUGAGGGCGAGUCCUUAAAAGCCUAUCUAGCCCGCUGGCAAAAGGAGAUCCAGUCGAUAGAAGAAGUGGAGGACCAAACAGCACUCACCUUCUUCAUUGAAUCUUUGCGGUCCGGACAGCUAUACCGGGACCUGAGGGACAACCGCCCGGCGACAUAUGCGGAAGCUAUCCAGAUGGCCAACAAGAUAGCAAACACGGAACAGGCUAUGAAACACAAACGACAACGCGAGGUCGGUGGGUCUGCUAGUGGAAAGAGGACGCGGGCCGAGACAAGAGAAAGACGUUCAGACGUAGCUCGGCGACCCGAGGCCAGGCGACCGUACGACCGCCCCGUCGUCCACACUUAUCGACCGGCUCCAGAGCGGCCGGUCCAUGAGGUACAAGCGGUCGCCCCGCCUCUACCUCCGCCGAUUGACGAUCGUGCAGCGAACGAGGAUGCUGGUAAGACUUCUAAAUAUUGUCGCUAUCAUAAAUCUUACACUCACAGCACGGAAGAAUGCUUCUACCUAAAGAAGAUCAUGGAGGGGAUCAUCCAGCAAGGGACUCCGCCUCCUAACCAAUGGAAGCGAAGGUCGACCAAUCGAGGAGACGAGGGGCCUUCCGCCGACGCAGAAAAUAGCCGAGGCAAGCAGCCAGCUUCCGAGGAGGACGAAGCCCAAUGGCGCCAGAAGCCAGUCAUUAACAUGAUAGUCGGCGGACCAGAGGGCGGAGAUUCCGCAAAUACCCGAAAAGCCUGGGCUUGGCAACUAUAUGUCGAAACGGUCUACGGCCGAGAGGAGAGCUCCAAAAAGAUAUGCCGGGAGCCCAUCGUGUUCACCGAUAAAGACCUGCCAGCCGGGGAAACCCCGCAUCGAGACGCGUUGGUCAUCGCCAUGGACAUCAACGGUGUAGUUGUCCGCCGGAUCCUGGUCGACACCGGGAGUAGUGUCAACGUACUGUACUUAGAGACCUUUACCAAGAUGGGGCUGACCCGAGAACAGCUCAGACCGGUGAACACCCCUCUCGCCGGCUUCACCGGGGACUCGGUGGAGGCGGAAGGAUCCAUCACUCUUCCUGUGGAGAUCGGCAGCUACCCGGACGUACAGAAGUUGAGCAUGAAAUUCAUCGUGGUCGAUCUAGCCUACUCGCACAACGCCAUACUCGGCCGCCCGGGUCUAGAAGACCUCGGAGCUUUGAUCUCAAUCGAACAUCUAUGCCUAAAGUUUCGCACGCCGAACGGAAUAGGAACGGUGCGUUGUGACCGCAAGGUCGCCCGCGACUGCUAUCUACAAGCAUGUAGAGGAAUGGGCAAGCGUGGGAUGCAGGUCCAUGAGAUCACCGAGAGGCCCCCUAAGAAAACAGUGAUACCUCGCCCAGAGCCGGCCGUCGAGCUAGAGGAAAUCGAGAUUGACCCAGCACAGCCGAGCAGGCGAGUAAGAAUUGGAGUCGGCCUUCCGGAGAAGUUAAAAGGGGAAAUCAUGAAAGUGCUCCAGGAGCACCGACUGGUUUUCGCUUGGGGCCCCGAAGAUAUGCCCGGCGUGGAUCGAUCGGUCAUAUCACAUCGACUCGCCGUAGACCCAGAGCAUCGGCCGGUCGUGCAGAAGAAACGAUACUUGGCCAACGACCGGAGGGAGUUCGUGAAAAAAGAAGUCAGCACGUUGUUAGCAGCCGGACACGUCCAUGAGGUUAAGUACCCGGAAUGGUUGGCCAACGUGGUCCUUGUACCCAAGCCCCCGGCAUGGCGGAUGUGUGUAGACUACACUGAUCUUAAUAAAGCCUGCCCAAAAGACCCGUUUCCUCUGCCCCGAAUUGACCAGCUAGUCGACGAAACGACCGGGUCUGCGCUUCUCAGUUUUAUGGAUGCCUUCCGAGGAUACCACCAAAUAUUCAUGCACCCGGCGGACGAAGAGAAGACCGCUUUCCUGACUCCGGACGGAGUUUACUGCUAUCGAGUCAUGCCAUUCGGACUCAAAAACGCCGGAGCUACAUACACUCGAUUGGUUGCCCGACUGUUCCACCACCUGCUAGGAAAGUCGAUGGCCGCGUACGUCGACGACAUGCUCGUCAAGAGUCGAGAGGAGGACAAGCACGCGGAAGAUCUAGCCGACUGCUUUAAGGUAAUGAUAAAGUACAACCUCAGGCUGAACCCCAAGAAGUGUGCGUUCGCCGUCCAGGGUGGUAAGUUCUUGGGUUACAUGGUCACCAAGCGAGGCAUCGAGCCUAAUCCGGAGAAAGUACAGGCCAUCCUUGACAUGCAACCUCCUACUACCGUCAAGGACUUGCAACGCUUGACAGGACGCUUGGCGGCUCUUAGCCGCUUCCUUAGCAAAUCAGCGGAUAAAACCGUGCCCUUCUUCGAAGCCAUGAAGAAGAAGGAGGGAUUCGCCUGGACUACCGAAUGCCAGCAGUCGUUCGAGGAAUUAAAACAAUAUCUGUCGACUCCCCCAGUACUAUCUACCCCCCAGGAGGGCGAGCCCUUACUCUUGUACCUCGCCGCCUCGGCCAAGGCGGUAAGCUCGGUGUUGGUUCGAGAGGAGGACCGAGUCCAGCACCCGGUUUACUACGUAAGCCGCUCGUUGAAGGCUGCUGAGACGCGGUACACCACCCUGAAAAAGAUCGUGUAUGCCUUGGUAGUCACCGUGCGUAAGCUAGCACCCUACUUCCAAGCUCAUACCGUCCGGGUCUUGACGGAUCAGCCACUCGGGAGUGUGCUGCGGAACCCCUUGUCCUCCGGCCGAUUGGUAAAGUGGGCCGUCGAGUUGACUCAGUACGGGAUCGAGUACCAACCCAGGCCCUCCAUCAAAGGCCAGGCUUUGGCCGACUUCCUGGUCGAAUGUACCGCGAGUGAGGAAGAGAAGGACCACGCCUCGGAGAGCAAUCCGGGCGAGUGGUGGGAGAUGCACGCGGAUGGAGCAUCGAGUCGACAGCACUACGGAGGCGGUGUCAUGCUUAUCUCUCCGGAGGGAUUCCAGCUGUAUUAUGCCCUGAGAUACCUGUUCUCUACAUCAAAUAACGAGGCCGAAUACGAAGCAGUAUUGAACGGCCUCCGUCUCGCCAAAGAUCUAGGAGUCGAACGGCUGCGAAUCAAAACCUACUCCCGACUGGUAGUCGGACAGAUCUCGGGUACGUGCGAAGCUAAGAACGCGAGAAUGGCGUUAUACAAAGAAUGUGCCACCAAGAUGUUGAAAGGACUUGAAGCCUAUGAAAUAGAGUACAUAUCCCGGGCGGACAAUGUAGAGGCCGACAUCUUGUCCAAAAUCGCCCUGGAAGGGGUGCCGGAUCACUUAAUAAGGAUUUGCCAGAAGGAAGAACUGAGUCGGCCGAGUAUCGACGGGGCGCCGCUAGAGGUCCAGCAAGUAAGCAUCGAAGGGUGGGAUCGAGAUAAAAACCCUGAGAUGUUCUGGAUCGACGACAUACAACGAUUUAAGGAAACGGGCGAGUUGCCAACUGACCCGGCAGUCGCCGCAAGGGUUCGACGAAAAGCCCCCUCAUUCCGGAUCAUCGACGGGCAUCUAUAUAAACAGUCGUUUGGGGGGCCCUUGUUGAAAUGCCUACUUAGGCCUGAGGCCGAGAAAGUGAUGGAUGAAGCUCAUAGAGGCAUUUGUGUUGCGCACCAGGGUGCUCACACGCUCGCCCGAAAGUUGGUCGUUCAAAGGUAUUACUGGCCGACCAUGAUGCGGGACUGUAUUGAACGGAUGUCCAAAUGCGGUGUUUGCCAGGCAUUCGCCAGGAAAGACACUCGGCCGGCCACCUUCUAUACACCGGUCACCACUGCUAUUCCUUUCGCCAAGUGGGGAAUAGACUUAUUGGGACCCCUACCCGUCGCCCCGGGAGGAUUAAAGUUUUGCGUCGUGGCCAUCAACUACUUUACCAAGUGGGUUGAGGCAGAACCUCUGGCUACCAUCACCGAGUACCAGUGUCGACGCUUUCUGUGGAAAAGGGUGAUCUGUCGCUUCGGGUUGCCCGAACACAUCGUCAGCGAUAACGGGCGACAGUUUGACUGCCAGGCAUUCGCCGAUUUCUGUCGCCGACACGGUAUCAAGCAUACCAAGGUGUCGGUAGCCUACCCCCAAGCAAAUGGGCAGGUCGAAAAUGUGAAUCGAACAUUGGUCGACGGAAUCCGGAAGAAACUCGAGGACGUCCGAGGAAACUGGGCAGACGAGCUUGAUCGAAUUGAGAAAAAUUUUCUAGAAGAAAGAAGGGAAGCCGCGAGUGCCCGAAUGGUUGAGUACCAGCAGGCGGUGAAAAGAUACCGCGAUCGUAGAACUCGCCCGAGAACCUUCCAGGUUGGCGACCUAGUGCUGCGGGAUCGACAAGCCAGCCAGCCUACCGAAGGAGGCAAGCUCGCGGUCAAGUGGGAAGGGCCAUACCGCAUCGCGGCUGUUGUCCAGGCCGGAACUUAUAAAUUAGAGACUAUGGAAGGCAAGCUCAUAGAUCGCAUAUGGAAUGCUACUCACUUGAAAAGGUUCUAUCAGUAG